AUGCCACACAUGGGAUAUCCUUUGAUGCCCGGGCAGUUGCCUACGCAUUCCUAUGUGCCUCAGCCUCAACCACAGCCAUCAACGAACAACCUGGUGCAUCCUUCUCAGUCGAACGCGACAGAUUCGCAGCUGAUGGCGAUUACAAGUUCAAGGCAGGAUUUGGAUCGGGAAGAAGGUGAAUUAACUGAUCUUGAGGGCGCUACGGGAACGGAGAAGCGUGGCUUUCGACGCCCCAAGGGGAGAGCUGGCGGCAACUGGAAAUACCACGGGGCGGGUAAUGGAAGAGAGCACGGGUUGCAGGCGGAACAAUCUCAGUUGGCGACUUCGGGCGGGCUCCACCCCAAACAUGACGACCGUUCUGCCAUCGCCGCGGAGACUCGCCGGGAGUCGCUAUCAGAAAUUGAAGAAGGCGAGGCAUUACCCGAGCCUCGCGCAUCUAGUAGAGAUAGCGGAUCCCCUUACAAUCCCCCCAUGCCAACAGAGGCCAUAUCGCCCCCCAUGCCAAAAUCUUUAUUUGAACCCAUGAAGACUACUAGUGAAGGCAUGGGCGCUCUAGACUCACUUCUUCCCUCCUCCGUCGACCAACAUUCGUCCUCUAUUAAUGGCGUUUCGCUUGCCCAACUUCGGGUGCAAGCGCAAGGUGCCCUCCUCAGCUUAGCACCACACAAUAUCCGUUACAGUGAGCUUGUUGGAGAAGGUAUCAAUCCCACGAUACUUAAACAACUUUAUGAAGAAGUUGGCAUCAAAGUUCCAACCACACCCCUCGCGGAUCUUGACCCUGUAGCAGGCUCCAGUGACAAUCUUCAACCCGGGGCUAGCACGUCAGUCAUAAACGAGAAAGAAAAUCAACCUACACAACACCUCGAAGCUCAACAUGGUGCUACGCCAAAGCUAACAUCCAUUGAGGCGCGACCCACACUUCACUCUAAUCAGCCCAAUACAGCUAAACCUAUGGAACGGAAAGACAUGAUCGCGCGAAUGCUCGCUGCCAAAGCCGCUAAGAGCUCAUCCGUCCCCGCACCAACUCAGCCGGAUAUUGAAACUACCGUCUCAUCGCCUCAAGCCCUGCCUUCUGCAGUUGAUGAAUCUACAACAACUACUCCUUCACGAGAUACGUCCGUGAACGAAAAAGAAGCACGCGUCAAGGAAAAGAACAAGGCGCAAACUGAACUUGCGAGGCAACGCAUUGAACAACUGAAGAAGCAAGGACUCAUGAGGAAUCUACAGAAGUCGUCAUCUGAUAGCCUUAUUCCAGAGAAAGAACUGCAAAAUUCUGUCCAGGAGGCACCGCAAGCCCACGCAUCCUGGACUGUUCAGCAUCCGUUACCUGAACGCCCACCCGUUCCGGAGUCUGCUUCUCUUGAUCAAAUCCCUGGCCUAUUUAUGACAGAGAAGGUGCCGGAAGCGAUAAACGGCGCACAUGUUACCCCUAUCCAAGAAUCAAUACCCGAAUCGGCACCUUGCCCUCGUUCAAGCCAACGCAAACGUCCUCGUGCAUCGGAUUUUGAUGAACCAAUCCCCCUACCUAAAAGGGCCUUCAGCAACAGCACCAGCCAUGAAAUACCUGAGAGACUUGUUAUCGAUAUAAGUGACGAUGAAUUCUAUGGGGACGAAGAGGAAGCAAGCGUGCACGCUGAAACAGCCUUUGCACAUCCUUCUGACGCUUUGACUGCAGAAGGAUUAAUCCGAGUAUAUCCGCCUCCGGCUGAUGGUCUUCCUCAUCGCCCGGCGACUUCCCAGAGCCAGGGUCUUUCUACUUCCUCAACGCCGAACAAUCUUAAAAACACCGAACAGGAAGACUUGAGGAAAAAGGAUCUUCAGAUUCAAGCUAUGCACCGAAGGAUUGCCGAGCUCGAGCAACGUAAAAAGGCAAAGCUAGCAAGCCGUACUCAGUCCCCUCGUGCUUCAGACCUAUCCCCUCCCGAACUCGUUAAUAUGCCCGAAAUAUCUGAUCCGUCUAUGUUGAAUAUUGAUGACAAAGGCGUGGACGAAAUUCUAGGGCCAAUGGAUGCUGAUGGAUUAAGGAAAAUGAAGUCUAAAAUAUUACGAAUUCAGGAGAUCGAAGCUGGUGUUCCUUCUCUGGACGCGGAAAUACACAAGUCUGAAAUGAAGCUUGCUGACACGAGAAGCGAAGGAGAGAGAUUAUCGUCGGAGCUAGCGAAAGGCAAAGAAGGCCGACGACAACUUCUACAAGAGCUCAACACCCUGAAGCUAGAGGUUUCUGGUUUAUCGCUUGAUCGUAUAAAUGUCGCAUUGAUUGACAUGGAAGCAAAGGAGAAAAUGCCCGUCGACGUUGUUCAAGCUCAAGGCUAUGAGAACAAGGCAUUAGAAGAAGACACAGCAGCCCCGGAUUUGUCAGAAGCAGAUGAGCAAGCUCACGAAGAUACUAUUUUGGCGCAACACGCCAAUCCUCCAACUUCAAACCCCCCGGCCGCUGACCAUGUUCCCGAUGUUCCUAAUGUUGAUAUACCCGUCCCGGACGCGCCCGCCGCAGAGCCAUCAGACACGUCUAUGUCAGAAGACUCCAGCUCUUCAAUGGAUGAAUCUACAGACGAUUCAAGCAGCGACUCCGGUUCGUUAAAUGAAGAGAUACCUGACGCACAGGAUCCUAACAUGGAUCCAAUUGCGCCCAUGGAAGAAAUGGUACUAGCUGCCCCAGGCCUUCCGAAUGGACCCCAAGGAUCACAGCCGGAGGAUGCGCUAUCCACAGAUAAAGCCCCCAACGCUCCAACCCAAACCGACAUGCUGUCUAGGGCUGGCGCUGCAGAGUCGGAGAACCUCGAUUCACCAGAAUCUCCCGCCUCGGAAGCUUAUGAGCCGCCAGAACCCGAAGAAUCUGCUAGUGCUUCUGAUACGAGUUACUCCCCUGCUCCUAGCCCUGACUUCCCCAGCCCUGACACAAAUAUGGAAAUCUCGGGGUCUUCAGAAGAACAAUCACAAGUCGCUGGUGAGCCGCUAACUGAAAAGGUCCAGGAACUGGAUUUACAGCAACCAAGUCAAUAUCCCCAGAUUGACCUUCUGGAUAACACGCGACGCCCUGAAGACUCACAGCGUAAAUUCUCACCCUACACUAGUCCGCUCAAGCUGUUCAAGGCCUAUCGAUACCAUCCAGACUACAACGACAAGGUGUCCGGCGGCUAUCGCUCUCUAACUUAUAGCCAUAAUAUUGACCCCUUGAAACAUUUUUGUCCCUUUGAGACCUCAGGUGGUGUCUGCAAUGACCGUUCCUGUGAAUAUCAACAUUUCCGGGACAUGGCUCUCAGCGAUGACAAAAUUCUCGUCCAAAUGGGCUCUCUACGGGAAGGCAAAACACCGGAAGAGUGUGACAGUUACGUUGCUGGAUUAAAAGAAACCAUCAACGACAUGCGGCGCGACAGGGUGAAGGACAUGAAUACUGUGGCCACAGAGAUUGCAGGAUAUCGUAGACGCUUUCUUCAAGAUCCCACUCGGGUCUUGGCGCUGUAA